AUGGCUUCCAACUAUCGUCACGUCUUUCAGCUCCCUCUUCAGGUUGAUCUCCCUCCUGCACCUCUUCCUGCUACUGUCACCUCAUUCCCGGACCCUCUUGUCGCUCAGACUCCUCCUCCCCCUCCCCCUCUUCUUCCCAUCCAAGAAGCCGGCGAUGUUCACCUCCAAGUUCAGCUGUCGGCCGUUCAACUCCAGCUUCAAGCCCUGGCCAUCCAUGUGGCUCAGCAAGGUUAUCCUGCCGAGGACGGGGACGAUGACAUGAUGAUGGUCGAUGAAGUCGAUGAUAAUGGGUCCGAGGACGAAAAGUAA